AUGUCUUCAGUCACUGUUUCUCACGUGUCCAAGUCGGUGGCAGCACCCAAAUUGAAGGAGUUUUUCGCCUUUUGUGGCGUUAUCAGGCUGGUGGAUGAGCUAGGCGCUGAUGAAAAUGGGUACAACAAGUAUAGGGUGAAUUUUGAGCUGGAGAAGGCGCUUUCGACGGCGUUGCUUUUGAACGAUGCAGAAUUGGAUUCUGUGCCCAUUGUGGUGAAGGAGGAGAGUCUUCCUUCGUAUGACGAUUUGCCUGAUAAGCAGGAGGGUGCUGGCGACCAUAAGAUCCAGUCUCUGUCGCUGGAGAAGGCUGAUGCGGCUACAAUUACUGGCGAUAGCGACUACGACGAUAUUCUGCAGGAGGAGAAGCCCAAGCUGGCGAUUUUGGCGCAGCUUUUGGCCCUGGGGUACCUGUUGUCGGACGAUUUGAUCAACAGGGCUGUGAAAUUUGACAAUGAAAAGGGCUACACUACCAAGUUCAAGUCUUUCUUGACUGAUUUGGACCAGAAGUACGUGGGAAGCCAGGAGCCUGGCUCGCAUGCCAACAGAGGUCUCAACAAGGCCCAGGAGCAGUUCAACACUCUCCACCUGUCGUUCCAGGGUCUGUCGUACCAGCAGAAGUUGCAAUACUACUUUGACAAGGCUUCGUCCCACCCCUUUGGCGCUAAAGUGCACGAGUUCUAUAAGCAGAUCUCGAAGGAGGUUCAGGAUGUGCACCGUGAGGCCAAGCGUUUGUACGAGUUGAAGAAGGCCGAUAAGAACAAUACCGGUUCUGGUGCUCUUGACGAUACCACGGCCGACGCCGGCGCCCCCGCCGAGCCUCCAGUGUCUGAAAAGGCCUAA